AAUGCUGAAUGUAAAGGCACUGGCAGUGAACGCAUAUGUUCAUGUAGUGAUGACUAUUUUGAGUCUGAAGGAGUGUGCACGUUGAAACGUGGUCUUAACGAUGCAUGUUUAGCAAACGAACAGUGUGCUGAUGAGAAUGCUGAAUGUAAGGGCACUGGAAGUGAACGCAUUUGUUCAUGUAUGAUGACUAUUUUGAGUCUGAAGGAGUGUGCACGUUAAAACGUGGUCUUAACGAUGCAUGUUUAGCAAACGAACAGUGUGCUGAUGAGAAUGCUGAAUGUAAAGGCACUGGAAGUGAACGCAUAUGUUCAUGUAGUGAUGACUAUUUUGAUUCCGAAGGAGUAUGCACGUUGAAACGUGGCCUUAACGAUGCAUGUUUAGCAAACGAACAGUGUGCUGAUGAGAAUGCUGAAUGUAAGGGCACUGGAAGUGAAAGCAUAUGUUCAUGUAGUGAUGACUAUUUUGAGUCUGAAGGAGUGUGCACGUU